AUGCGUGAAGAUAUCGGUUCAGGUGAUGAGGUAAUGCAAACUGACGAUAAUAUGAAUAGCGGUAAUCAAGGUGGAUCAGAGUCCAGUGAAGGAUUUUUUGAAAUCAAACAACGGUUUUUGUUGAAUCGAAACGAAGAAACAGCAGUCGAACUACUCAAACAUUUAACUGAUCUAGACACUGGCAAUAUUGAUCGAGAUGUGUGGCCAGAUGUGAAAGAUUUGGUGAGAUGCUUAUUGGAUACGAUAACACUGGAGCAUUUAAUCAGAAAAUAUCAAAUAAUAUUGUUGAAUGCGAUCAAUAAGUGCUCAGAACAUGUUAUCGAUCUGUUAGCUGACUAUUUCAACAAGAACGAUCGAGUUGUAGGGUUUUUUAAGGAUCUUUCAUCGUCCGAUGUUGCUGUUAUUAUUGCAUUCGCACGUCGAAUCACCGAUCCCAUUUGUGCACAAUCCAUUGCCGAGAUUUUAUGGAGAUUUGCGCAUUUGGAAUCAGUGCAGAACGAAUUGAAAGCCGACUUAAAUACUGAAGACGCAGAGAAACGAUUUCGCAUUCACCAGGUGUUCGUAACAGCAACGUACUUAAAAAAGCGGGAUGAUCCAUCAAAAAUCAACCGUUUAAUCGAGGCAUUGAUAUCAGAAGUCGAUGACAAUUCGACAGCAUCAUAUUUGCUAUCGAUUGGUGUCGUAGAUCGCCUUUAUGUGUUACUUCAAAAUGUCAAACUAUCACCGGAUUCGGGAUUCAUUUUUCCAGCGAUAAUAAAAUUCUUCGGCCAUUUAGCAGUGAGAGAUGUGGAAUGUUUAAGGCAAUACCCGGUAUUCUUGGAAUCUCUAUUCGAUAUGGUUUAUCAUUUUGAUUUAUUAGACCCAGCCCAACGUCUUCUCACUUUUGACACGUUCGCUGUCAUCACUCAAUCCAAUCAAUCCAAGAUUUUCUUCAAUUCCCUCGCUGAUAAAUAUGAUUUGAAUAAAGCAAUGAAUGCAUUUGGUGUGGCCAUUUGCAGUGGUCCAUUGGAAUUACGAGUGCGACAUAUCGAUGCACUUNCUAUGAUGAUGCGACAUUCUGAUUCUGACAAUAAUGAAGCAAGUGAAAUAGCACAUGGAUGGUUCAAGGAGUUAGGUGAGCCAUUUCCGACAGUCGUUCUAUCAUACGUAUCGAAGCCGUUCCCAGAGAUCCGAAUGGCAACACUGAAGCUGUUUAAUGAGCUAUUUUGUUAUGGUUGGGCUAUUAAAAUAUUCAUGACUACUGCUGGGUUUGUUUUUACUAUUCGAUUCCAAUCACUUGAUUUGAUUUGGUUCUCGAUUUAG